CCGCGUGUGGCGAUCGCUCCGUGUCGACGAACGUGACGAACGCGCGCGCACCGAAGAAAAACAAUCUACGAAUAAAAACGUACUUAAAUUUAACAUCCAAUCAUAAAUCAAUUGGACACCUCAAAUCCAAAGUUUGCUUUGAUAACAACAGCAAUCAAAGAGUUAAUAUGGAUAGCAGCAGUUUUGGGAACUUAUUGCUUGAAAGAGGCCAUGUUCUAUUGGAGUAGACAUCGCAAUUCAUAGUGUUAAGUGAUGAACAAAGGGCCACAAUAGCCACAAUGCUAGCCGACGACGACACACGACGCCUCAAUGAGACUUUUGCGAACAACACGUUUAAUAUUUUGGAGGAUCCACGUUUGACGUCACUUUUAACAAACAGAGGGAACAACCACACGAGUCUUGAAGAGCUCCUUCAAGUGUUGGAGAGUUAUAGAAAUAAAUAUAACAUUUCUGUGAAGAAGGAAUGUCAGUUGUCGGAAUAUUGUUCAGGAGAGUUCAGAGAUUUGAUACUUGCGUACAACAAUGUUCAUGGAUACGUGAGUUUAUUGGUCUGUCUGUUCGGCAGUUUAGCGAACGCUCUGAACGUAGCUGUUUUAACCCGACGAGAUUUAGCUUCGGCACCUAUCAACAGACUUUUGAAGUGGCUCGCUGUAGCCGAUAUCUUCGUCAUGCUAGAGUAUGUGCCAUUCGCUAUCUAUAGGUACUUGCUCCUACCAGGUCAAGAAGAGCGACCGUUCUCCUGGGCAGUAUACAUGCUGUUUCACUCGCACUUCGCGCAGAUCCUACACACAGCUUCCAUCUUGCUGACUCUUUCACUCGCUGUCUGGAGAUAUAUUGCAAUCAAGUAUCCGUCUCAUAGCUCUGCACUGUGCACCGACCGACGUUGCACGAUCGCCAUUCUUUGCAGCUUCAUCCUGCCACCUAUACUGUGCAUACCUUCAUAUUUUGUGUUCACAAUACACAAAGAAUUCACCGUCGAUAAGAAAAAAGUGUACUUCGUUGAUUCUGACUACGAUGGUCGAUUGUACCAGGUCAACUUUUGGGUUCAUGCCGUGUUUAUCAAACUUCUUCCUUGCGCUAUUUUGACAGUUAUAAGCGCGUGGCUCAUAAGGGCUUUGUACAGAGCUAAUAGCAGAAAGAGAGCCUUGAAAGGGUACAGUGCAUGCAAGACAGAACCAGUCUCAAAUGGAAAUGGAAAUAUUUUCACGAGAAAGUCAACGAAGAAAAGUAAAGCCGAGAGGAGGACUGAUCGAACGACGAAAAUGUUGGUUGCUGUUCUGUUGCUCUUCUUGCUAACGGAGCUUCCUCAAGGUAUAUUAGGUCUUCUCAGCGGCGUCCUCGGCAGAUGCUUCUUCAAGCGAUGUUAUGAUUUGUUUGGAGAGUUGAUGGAUGCUUUGGCUCUUCUCAACGGGGCUAUAAACUUCGUUCUCUACUGCUCUAUGUCUCGACAGUUCAGGACUACCUUUGGACAAAUGAUGAGAACACGUUGCGCCUCUACGACCAGAGCUGGGUCUAAUACGGAAUUGCAAACUACCUAUGUAUGAUGUUAUAAGAAAAAAAAUGGUGUGGCAUUUGUAUAAAGGACAUCGUCAUGGCAACUCGAGUAAGACAGUAUUGUGAAAUAUGAUGCCGCUGUCGUUACAAGAUGUUUUAUAGACCUUUUAUUCCGUUGGAUCAAUGAAGCGAGGAAAUUUCAUUCACGUUGAGUAGAAACUGUUUAAGUAGAAAUUGUUCAAAGAUAUCGUUUACGUGUUUAUUAAACAUAGACAAUGAAAUAAUUUUUUAAAAUCUAAAUCGCAUAUAUAUAUUUGUUUUUCAAACAAACCUAACCUAAUGUUCUGGGCUCUUCAUAGGUCCGAUGGUCGCUUCCUUGGCCUCUUUACAGCAUCAUGGGGCAUGUAAAGGGCAAGAAACGUUGGUAUGUUUGAAAAAAAAAAACAAAUAUACGUGAUAUAGAUCCGAAGAAAAAAUUGUUUAUUUCCC